AUCUGAUCAAACUCUAAUUGGGUGCUUGACCUGUCAGGUGAAAGACCGCGUGUGUGUCCGCGCGCACGGGUGCGUGCUGUUAAAUAUGACUGUCUCGCGGUUGAAAUCAACAUCAGUCUGGGUUUGUGACGUUUCGGGUACAAACAGCUGGACAUGAGACCGACGGCAGCGGCGUUUGCCCUCUGCGUCCACGCGGCGCGAGUGGCCACGCGGAAUUCCUCGCGCGCAACUGUUUCAAGCGUUUGGCGACAUGGACAAGAGCGCAGCCGCAGCAGUAACGCAGAUUUUCCUGCCGUAAAGGAACGAACUUUGAUAGCCGUCAAGCCGGACGGCGUUCAGAGACGCCUGAUUGGUGACGUCAUCAAACGCUUUGAGCAGCGAGGAUUUCGAUUGGUGGGUUUGAAGAUGCUGCAGGUUCCUAAGACGCUGUUAGAUCAGCAUUACGUGGCACUGCAGAAGAAACCCUUUUACUCCAGCCUGCUUCACUAUAUGACCUCUGGUCCUGUCGUUGCAAUGGUGUGGGAGGGGCAUAAUGUCGUGAGGUCAUCACGAAAGCUAGUGGGUAGCACGGAUCCAGCUGAGGCCACACCUGGAACGAUUCGAGGAGACUUCAGUGUGCACGUCAGCAGGAAUGUUGUCCAUGCGUCUGAUUCAGUGGAAGGAGCAGAGAAGGAGAUUUCACUGUGGUUCCAGAGCGAAGAGCUCAUAGACUGGGAGGGAUGUGAUCAUCAUAACAUUUAUGAUCUAUAAAAUACUGUUUGCUUUGAAAAGACAGAAAACAUGCUGAGCCACAGACAAACAGUUUUUAACUGUAGUUAAACAAAUAAUGUCUGUCAUCUUUAAGUGAUUUCAUGUAAAUAAUUGCUUGAAAUGUUUAUUUUAUAUAAGGGUUUUAAAAUAACUUGAAUUUUUUUAAUAGGAAGACCAAAGUCAUUGUGACACACAAGUACGGUAGUCAAAAUACACAAUUGCAAAGUUUAUUACAUUUUGAAACUGAACAUUUUGAGCUGACUCACAAUAAUAACAACCUUUCUGUAAUGUUGGUUUAUGAACUGCAGAUAAUGAAAACAAAUAACGUAUUUCGAAACAGAAAGGUUCAUUGGAUGUUAAAUGGUUUUUAUCGAACCAUUCUGUCCAAAAUGGUUCUUCUAUGACAUCAUGAAUGACAUCUUUAUUUUUAAGCGUGUGCUGUGUUACGAGUGAUGUCUGUAAGAACGGUGACAAUUUACCAAAGCUUGGAAAAUGUAUGAAUGUAAUUUAUUGAAGAUUAUCACUGCCUGUAAGCACUGACUUCUGUUAGUGUUUGUAUUGUUGAAGAGGUGUAACAAUAACAAUCAUUGUCCAUAAAAGUCACAUUUCAUAUCAAAAUAAAAAAGAUAUAUUUUGAAUAAAAGCAUUAAAGUCUACAGUA